AUGUCAUACACAUGUGUUCUAUGUUGUCGAACAACAAAAAUAAAUAGAAAUCUACUCACAACAGUAGCCAGUGUUGAUGUUGAAGAAAAAAUAAAACAAGCAUAUGAAUAUAUAAAUGGUAUUUCUUUAUCAAGAAUAAUAUUAAAUGAAACAGUACACAGAGAAUGUUAUGCAAAAUACCAUCGUCGUUACAUAUAUGCAUCAAAAACCAAAAGAUCGUCAACUGAAGUGUCAAAUCGUCGCUUACCAUUAACUGAUUGUACAAAUUUUCAAUGUUCAUCGUCGUCAUCAAUACCAGUAACAUCAACUAAUCAACAUUUUAAAGAAAACUCUGCAAAUAAAACUUGUAUUUUUGUCGAUUCAGCUGACACUUUAUGUUCGAACACAUCAUCAUUUUCAACAAACACAACUGAGAAGAGAUUAUUAUGCACAUUCAAAAUUUAUUCUAUAGCUCAACGAGCGGAUGAUGGUGAAUUAGUCAUACGAUGGAUGACAGUACCAGGAGCACCAAAUGACAUAUCUUUGACUAAAUGUAUGAAAUGUACAAACGGUUGUCAUCGGUGUAAAUGUUCAACUAAUAAUUUAUCAUGUACACCUUUUUGUGGUUGUUCCAUUGGUCAAUGUACAAAUCGUGCAAGUACCCAGAUAAGAUCACAAUCAACAAAAAUAGUAAAAAAAAGCAAGCAUCGCCAUUGA